AUGGGAUCGGCCACACCAAGAAUAUCGGGUUAUCCAAGCUUUGUGAAGAUCGUGGAGGUGGGACCGCGAGACGGCCUACAAAACGAGAAGACCCUUGUCUCGACCAAAGACAAAGUCAAGCUCAUCAACUUGCUAUCCGACACGGGCUUGUCAUCCGUCGAGGCAACAUCUUUUGUGUCGCCUAAGUGGGUCCCACAAAUGGCCGACAAUGCUGACGUUCUGAACGGGAUUACGCGCAAGGAAGGCGUGUCUUACCCAGUCCUUACGCCAAAUCUCAAAGGAUUUAAUAAUGCAGUUGCGGCUGGAGCGAAGGAAGUAGCAAUCUUCGGCGCGGCAUCUGAGGCAUUUAGCCUGAAAAAUAUCAAUUGCUCCAUUGAAGAAAGCUUAGAGCGUUUUCGCCCGGUGUGCGAAAAGGCAAUGAGUCUUGGGGUCCGUGUUCGUGGAUACGUUUCGUGCGUACUAGGAUGCCCUUACCAAGGUCAGGUGAAUCCGUCUACAGUUGCAACAGUAGCUUCAAAAAUGAUCGAAUUGGGUUGCUACGAGGUGUCGCUGGGCGAUACUAUCGGUGUUGGCAAUCCUGCGUCUACUUUGAGGAUGCUCCAAGCGACCAAAAAAGUGAUUCCGGUUGGGCGUCUAGCCGUGCACUUCCACAACACAUAUGGGCAAGCGCUGUCUAAUCUUCUCAUCGCACUACAAGAGGGCAUCGCUGUCGUUGACAGCUCUGUGGCAGGACUUGGUGGUUGCCCGUACGCUAGCGGAGCUUCUGGAAACGUUGCGACUGAGGAUGUACUCUACAUGCUGCAUGGUCUUGGUAUCCAGACAGGCGUCGACCUCGAUAAAGUAAUUGAAACAGGCGACUUCAUAACCAAGAUUCUAGGCCGUUCGACCCACUCCAAAGUAGCUCAAGCAUUUGGACCAAAAAAGACUACAAUUCCUCUCAUGAACUUAUAA